GGGCUGGUCCAGGGCCCCCUUGGGUGUGUGUUGGCUGAGGGACCCCCACGCGCUGCUGGGGAGGGCUGGGCUGGGCUGAGGCGCCCGCAGGGGCAGCACCCGACUUGCCCAGCUUGCGGGAGCCUGGCUUGUAGCCUGCACCCAGCGAAGGCCGGGGGCGGCUGGGAAUGGGCGCGGAGCCAGACGGGGGUCUUGGCCCAGUGGGGAGGACAAGAAACCCUGGGCUCUCGCCAGGAUGCCCAGGUAGCUUUGGACUCCUUGGCAGGAGGAUGGAGCAGGGGCGCCAGGGACGCCAGCGGGUUCCUGAGUGUGUCCGCAAACAGAAGCGCAAGGAGUUGGAUGCUCGACGUAGCAAAUGUCGCAUCCGUAUUGGGGGCCACUUGGAGCAGUGGUGCCGGCUCAAGGAGCAGCUGGGUUUCUCUUUGCAUUCCCAGCUAGCCAAGUACCUUCUCGACAGAUACAGUUCUCAGGGCUGUGCGCUGAGUGCAGGGCAGGAUGAGUCUGAGCACAGCCUGCUGCAUGCAGAUGCCCUUCAGCGCCUGGUCGUCCUGUCCCAUGAUCACAGUCAGGAGUGCCGCUUUAUCCCAGAUGUGAAGCCUGCCUCCCCUGGCCUCAAGGAGACACCAAGGAACCUGGUGUGGGAGUGUGUAGCUGGACAUACUUUCUCUUGGGGUCCCCCUCCAUUGGACAAGGAGGUCUGCACACCAGCAGAAGGUGGUCAGCAGCCCCAGAAAGCCAACUCCCAGCACAGAGAGGAGAGAAGUGGAAGCUCAGGGCCCAGCCCCCCACCUUCUCCCAUUGCUGGCCACAGGCGCUCACUCCGCAGGGCAGCACUUGCUCAAGACUCCUCUGGGACAGCACAUGAGGAAGAGCCAAGCCCCACCAGGGAUGGAGCCAAGGCAGAGAGAAUGGAGACUCCCCGAGUGACCAAGGAGCGAGCAACCAGGAGCAGCAGGCAGGGAAGCAGUUUGCAAGCAGUUCUCUGUGAGCAGGAGGAAGAAAGGGAAGAGGAAGAGAAGCGAGGCACCAGGCACCAGAUCCUCCUCUGGGAAGCUCCUCAGAAAGAGGCAGAGAUUGGCACUGAUGCAGCAGGGUCAGAGAGCCCAUCAGCAUUGGAAGAGAAGCCAGAGCAGGCUUCUGAUGCACAGGAGGAGGAAGAAGAGGAUGACGAUGAGGACUUCACUGAGGAGGAUGACCUCGCGUACACAGAUGAUUUGCGAGAUGAGAAUUAUCACCCCUCAUUAGACAGUGAUUCUGAGCUACAAAGACGACAAAGCCAGGCUAAAGGUCGCAAGAGACCUGGAAAGGAGGAGCAGCCACCUAACAAGACAAGUACAGCCAACUGUAGCCCCACUGAGGAGAAAGGGACACGAUCCAGUUGCAAGAAGCGGGGACAACGCAGUGACGAGGACGUGGCGCAGAUUGGCCCCAAAAGAAUCAGGAAAGCAGCCAAACGUGAGAUCCUCCUCUGUGACUAUGAGGGCUGUGGCAAGAUCUUCUCCAACCGCCAGUACCUGAACCACCACAAAAAAUAUCAACAUGUGCACCAGAAAACCUUCACUUGUUCUGAACCUAGCUGUGGCAAGUCCUUCAACUUCAAGAAGCACCUGAAAGAACAUGAGAAACUGCACAGUGACAAACGGGAUUAUAUCUGUGAAUUCUGUGCCCGCUCUUUCCGCACCAGCAGCAACUUGAUCAUCCAUAGACGCAUCCACACAGGAGAAAAACCCCUUCAGUGUGAGAUCUGUGGCUUCACCUGCCGCCAGAAGGCCUCCCUGAACUGGCACAUGAAGAAGCAUGAUGCUGACUCCUUCUACCAGUUCUCCUGUGACAUCUGUGGCAAAAAGUUUGAGAAGAAGGACAACGUUACUGCACACAAAAGCAAGAGCCACCCUGAGGCAGCCACUGGUCCUCCCCAGCCUGUGACAGAAGCAUCAGUGUCUGGUCACCAAGAUCCACCAUCUCCACUCCCCACCUUUGCUUCAGGAACAGCAGCCCUGGAGAACCCAGAUGCAUCAUGUCCUCUCAGCACAGAACAGUUGGACAUUCCUGUAUUGAGCCGUACUGAGGGUGUCACCUUGCUGGGACAAUGUGAAACAGAGAAGGCAGAAGGGCCUGUGCCUCCCAUUGUAGCUUCUGCUGAGUAAUGGGCCACACCAAUGGGAUCCAAGCCUGACUUUGCUCAGGGGCUGGGAGGAUUUUGUCAGGACACCCUUCCCCUUCCAUCUAAUUCUCACCAGCAGAACAGGACAGGACUCUCCUGAGAAAGGAGCAUAAGGCACUAGCAGAGGAGUAGAGGUUAUGAUGCUGAAUUGCAGGUUUGAUUUGGUGGCUGUAGUGGAAGUUUUAAAGCCCUGUUGAAGGCACUGAGUAUGUUGGGGGAGGAGCAGCCCUUGGAGAGGGAAAACUGACACAGCCUAAGCACUUAUAUAGGACAGUUUAGAUAGGAAUGAUCCUGCCUUGAGCAGGAAGUUAGACUGGAUGUGACUUCCUAAAGUCCCUUCAAGCCCUACUUCUCUAUGAUUCUGUCAUUAACAAAUAGCUUCCCAAAGUAGGAAUUAGAGCACAGGCUCUCAGUGAGCAAGCAGAAGUGUUUCUCCAGACAAAGAGUAUUUCUGGAUUUGACCUCUUUAUUGGGGGCCUCUCAAGAGAGACUCUGAGGUUGACUCACUCUAAGGAGGGGGCUCUGUUGUUGCUUGCACACUGCAAAGCCCCAGAUUUGCAGCUUUCAGCUUCCAGGUUUUGGCAAAAUCCUCAAUAAAGAAUUAUUUUGCAUAA